UAAUUUUAUCUGAGAAUCGGCCUUGUGGUCACAGGGCCAGUCAGUGGGUCUCGAAUGGUACAAGGUAUGGAUGUAUGUAUGACAGCAACCGUUUGACUCAAGCUUCCAUCGAAUCUCGAACGUCACUGGUCUACCUCUGGGCACCACAAUCUUUACUGUUACGAGCUCCGAAAGUUCCAUACAUCAAAUCCCUCUGCCAUGCCACGAACGAUGCCAUCCGAAUCAAGCUUCCAGUUGACCGGGCUCCGUCCCUUGCACAUAGACUAUGUAUUCGCACCGGAUUCCGAUCCUUCGUAUACGAGCCCAGCAGCAAUGGGACCAGCCGUGCACAAUAAUAAUAUCGACCUCCGGCCAUGGUAUCGAAUCGGGAACGGGUUGCACAAACUUCGCAUCACGCCCUUUCGUGCCCAUGUGCCCUUGUGCCCAUGUAGCCUGCGGGGCCGCUUAACCCGACUGCUAAUUGCCUGAAGUGCUCACGACUGAACCCGAGAGUUUCACCUGCUGCUGGUGCUGUUGCUUUCACCUGGUUCACAGAUCGAGCGUCAUUUGGUUGUCGUGAAGGAAUGGGGUAACAUGGCCCCAUUCAUGUUACCCCAUUCAUGAUCUGAAGGGGUUGGACUUCGACAUGAACUGGAUACGGGGGGUUGAGCACGCCAUUCGGAGAGUCGUCUCCAACAGCGAAGACAAGUAUUUGUUUUACUAGCAUGGGAGAUCGUAGAGAGGACUCUGAAGGUGGUGGUGUGCAGUUCUAGUGAGAUCUGGUGAGGAGUGCCCUUCGUAGCCGAUAAUAUCGGACCUGCAAGCUACUUGAGAGCUUGUCUGCAUCGGCCGUCGAGAUCACGCGCACUAGGCUUUUGCAACUGACCUCAACGAGUAGUAUUGUCGACGAAGCUUUUGUCUCGCCUUUGAAGCUCGACAAGUUCAUCAUGGAAUCCACAAUCGGACACUGGUUUGGAUCUUCUCAUUGGGUAGGUCAAAUAGCCUCUCUCUCUCUCUCUCACGAAAAUCGCAACACCGUCGAGUAGGUAGUUGAAAGAUCUUCGAGCAUCGGCUGCACCGGUGGGUUGGGAUACACUAUAAAUAACAAUAUUAUAGUAUUGAAUGGAUCGGGGAUAUCGAAGUCAUGAUUAGCGGUGAUAGCGAGAUAUUUUGAUCGUCAUCCUGACAGUUGUUCAAAUGAUAUCGUUCGACGAUCGAGCGAAACAUCCAAACAGACAAUCCCCUACCUGCGCGAUGCUAGAGUUGUACAUGGGGUAAAGUUCAAUUUAUCUCCCCACCAAUGACCUCACGGGACCAGAAAAGGUCUCACCCAUCAUCCAUCCUCAGCUUUUGCCGCUGUACCAGACAGUUAGCUGAGCGAGGGACGGUUACUGAAACAUAUGACACGCUCUGACAGUUUUGUUUUUCCUGAACCAUCCAUAUAGCAGAAAAUCUUGUGCCCUUCGAGCAUCAUCCCUGCUCAGCUCUUGUGCCUUCGACGAUGCCUGCAGAAUUCAGUGCAUCACGAUCACUCUCUCGCCAUCACAGGCCUCUUGUCUCGGGCCCGUGCUCUGAUUACUUUUGGUCUCCGUUCUCGAGCUCCCGAGCUCUCUCCUAUGUACUCACUUUCCCAUACCUCGCAGUUGCUGGAGCAUCUUUGCUGGGUCCGCCUCAGGUGUAUAAUAUAUAGGCCUUGCGGGGCUGCCAGCAUCAUAUGUCUUGGCUGCGUGCCAGCUUUCUCACUCACUCACUCACAUGUCGACUGCUCUCGGACUCGGAUAGAAUGUCACACCGAGAACACGCGUGGAAAUAUAUAAGAAUAGGAAGUAGAGCACUGUUGUUGUAAAAUGGAGAGAAAGUAACGAGACUGCGCGAGUUCCGAGAACAAUGCGAGCAUUCCUCGCUUGCAUUCAAUGUUCAUAUCUCUCAAAUCCAUUCGACAGUCGUGUACAGUGAGAUUUUGCACGCGCCACAUAUCUACUAUUGCUUUUCUGCUCGAUUCGCCAAAUCUAUGAGCUUCCCAUUGCCUUCGACACAAGUUGGGCAUGUCGACCAGCGGCCAGACUACAGCGAGCGUUGAACUGGAAGCCUGGACCCCGUCUGCCCGAGCCCGAGCCAUGCACACUCGGUUCGAAUCAGAAUGCCUCGCUCGAGCACCAAUUCGUGAUCUGGUCCAGACGCACCUCUGAUUCACUGUGCAAGGCUUUUGAUCUGCCGCUGAUGUCCUCUGCAGCAGUUUGCUGUCCGCACAGUGGCGUCCGAGCUCGUCCGUGUCCACUUCGUCCGAACGUACAGAGUGAUGAGUUUAUUAUCUUCCGAGUCGCUUCUACAACCCCGCGAGAGAGACUUUUGGCUAUCAAUCACACUGUUGGCCUUACUGAGUGCUACCGAGUGCUGACGUUUCGGUACAAGCCAUGUACGAUGGGCAUGGUUCUCAUUUGCGGUCUCCCAUCAGUCACAUGUCGGUCGGUCUGUCUGUCUGUCUAUCAUGGGCUCGUGCUGUUUUUAACUGAAUAAUAUAUAUGCCGGCCAUGCACUCGAGCAACCUGCAAGAGGUGAGUCGGCUCGGAGGCCAUUGUGGCAUUCCUUCUUUCCUUCUGCAACUGCUGUUUCCUCCAGUUUCUGGCAUCAAUCCUCAAGUCAACCGCAGGCAGGCGUUCCGGGAGACGAGAUCGACUGGAUGGUUCAUCAUUCUACGAGUCGCCCUCUUACAUCUUAUGUCUUGGAUGGGAUACACAGUCAGUAGAAAAGCCCACUUGCGGUGGAGUUUGUCAAUAGAAAACUGAGAUGGAUGAUCGGGAAAUGUGGACUACGAAGAAUUCCACUGCAAUGUAGAACUGCUGCACUUGUGGAGAUUGAUUCUCCAUUUGUCCGCAUCGAGAAGGCAGCUACUGUCUUCACGGUCCGUGAUCACAAGCACCUCGUGGUCGGUGUGGAUGGUCACUAGUUCUUCAAGGCAUUCUGUUGCACCGGUAUUCAGACCACCCUUCCCUUCCACAUGAGAGAAGAUCAGCAAAACACUUUGCACUUGGAUAAUGAAAGCGAGGUGGCAGCACAGAAAGAAUUGAAACAAACUCGACCUGAUCCCCACGAUGGUUCACUGGCGGUGGGAGAGUGGAACCGAGCCUCGAGUUCGAAAGCAGUUGACGCUUAAAAGCCUUAAAAUUGGCCCUGAAACCAGACAUGCAUCAUAUUCUGCAGAAAACACUCCGCACAUCAUGUUCAACUGCCUGUCACACGAGAUUCCAAACUAACGCAUUAUAGAGCUGAUGACAGCAAAUGGCUGGGCCCUUCGUAGGAUAGAUGCGGAAUUCGCUAAGCAAUCGACUUUAUCUUACAAUAUCGAGAAACAUGUGAAUGACGAGCCUGUCAUUGCGUACACUCCAUCAUUCUGCCCAGAGGUCGGGGAUUGAAAUAAGCUACAGUCUGCCCAUAUGUGGGCCUAACUCGCC